AUGUACCAAGACACUUUUGAAGAAGACGAUUUGAUCGCUGAAGUUGAACUUGUUGCUCAAGCUCGCUACUCUCAAAACAAUGAUGUCGAUGACAAGUUUGACACUGAAGUUGUUUCCAACCAAACAACCAACACUCAAAUUCCUGACAGUGUUAGAAAUUUCAUUCUUCAAUUCUAUCGCAAUGUUAUGGAUAACAAUGUUUACGAGCUUCACAAUGUGUAUGACAGUUCAUUCAACAAAUUAACCGAGAAAUAUUUUCAAAAGCAAGCUUGGCCAGAAGCUGAAGUCAUUGCAUCCCUUGUUAACGACGACCAAGUAUUCUUGACUUUAUACCGCGAACUUUACUAUCGUCACAUCUAUUCUCACUUGACACCUACUUUGGAGCAACGUUUCCAAUCUUAUGAAAACUACUGCGACCUUUUCAACUAUAUUUUAAAUUCAAAUGGUCCCGUUUCUUUGGAAUUGCCUAAUCAAUGGCUUUGGGAUAUCAUUGACGAAUUUAUUUACCAAUUCCAAUCAUUCUGCAACUUCCGUGAUCGCACCAAGAAUAAGAGUGAGCAAGAAACAAAGUUAUUACAAGAAAAUCCACAGAUCUGGAGUUGUUAUAGCGUUUUGAACGUCCUUUACUCCUUUAUUCAAAAAUCUCGCAUCAACGAACAAUUGCUUGUUAGCAAGAAUGGUGGAGAUAUGAUGGAAGCCGCUGGUGAAUAUGGUUCUCGUCCUCUUUACAAGAUGCUUGGUUACUUUUCGAUUGUCGGUCUUCUUCGCGUCCACUGUUUGUUGGGAGAUUACACUCUUGCCUUGAAAAUGAUGGAUAACGUUGUUUUGAACAAGAAGGCUAUGUUUGCCCGUGUUACAGCUUGCCAUGUGACAACUUAUUACUAUGUUGGUUUUGCUUACAUGAUGCUUCGCAGAUACGCUGAUGCCAUCAAGGCCUUUUCAACAGUCUUGUCCUUUAUCCAAAAAACCAAACAAUAUCACUCUCGCUCAUACCAAUUUGAACAGAUUGCAAAGAAGGGCGAUCAGAUGUACUCACUUUUGGCCAUCUGUAUCGCUCUUUGCCCAACUCGAUUGGAUGAAAACAUUCAUUCUCAAUUACGUGAAAAGCAUGGAGAACAACUUUACAAGAUGCAGAAAGGUGAAGAAUCACUUCCUAUUUAUGUUGAUCUCUUCCAAUCAGCAUGCCCCAAGUUCCUCUCCCCCACAGGAAAGGGCGUCGAUCCUCAUCAACAUCAAUUAAAGGUCUUUAUGUCUGAUAUCAAAAAUCAAAUCAAUCUUCCUACGCUCCGCUCCUUCAUGAAACUCUACACUACCAUGGGCAUUGAGAAAUUAGCUAAAUUCUUAGAAGUUGAUCCUGAAGAACUCAAGACUCAAUUGUUGGUCUUUAAACAGAAAUCUCGUCAAUAUAAAUGGACUAGCGGCAGCCUUUUAGAAGGAGAGUAUCUUCCUACCUCUGAUUUGGACUUUUGUUUGAAGCAGGAUGUUGUUCAUAUCGCCGAAAGCAAAGUUGCUCGUCGCUAUGGUGACUGGUUCCUACGAAAUAUCAACCGUUGUGAAGAUAUCUUGGCAAACUUGGAACUUGGUAAAGUCUAA